ACUGCCCCCACUACCGAUAAUUUAGACUGCACUCUCAUCUUCACAAAUCACACUCGUGCAGUUGGAUGUGCCGCUGGAAAUCGCCGUCAUGAGUUCGGUAGUAAACAAAUCAAAGAACAAAUUUGUGCCGAAGGCGAAAGUCCGUCCACGGCCUGGAGCAGCUGCCCGCUCGAGCCCUUCUAAUCCAACUCCCCCUUCGCCGAGAAAGCCAUCGCAACCCCCCGAGGAACCUCCAGCACCACCAGCCCCUCUACUUGUACCACAGGCUAUAGCGCCACCACCAUCACAUCCAGAAACGCGCAAUGGGGCACCCGUAGCAGAACUUGAGUCCCCGAGACGCCAAGUUUCGGUCCCUGCAAUCCGAGCCAAGAGCAGAAAUGGGAUACCAUCCAUCCGGCAGACGAGCGCGGAGGUCUCUUCUUCACCAUCACGCUCGGGAGUCCCUAUUGUGCAGUCUUCGUUGAGCCGGGGGAUACCAAGGGUACGAGCUGCCGCCCCUGAAGGGGCACCAACAGCACGACUCAAUUCUACAGAGAGGUCGCCAGAAGCUUUGAGAAUGGCGAAUGCGAGGCCAAGUGCAUGGCUGGCUACCGUGUUGGGAGGGACAGUAGAUAUGCGUGCGUUUCGGGAUUCCGGGAUUGCUGCAACCCAAGAGACGCAGGAAGUCAGCCAAGGAGGUCUAUCAGUUGUUGAGCCGGAAGAUUCUGGCGAGAACAUUGAUGGAGGAGAGUCGCCUACAAUUGAAAAGGUAGCGAAGUUUCCAAGGAAGCGGAGAGCUAGGGUUGCCAAAGAUCGAUUACCCAAGAAGCGGAGGGCAACGCGAGGGAGACUCAGGGCCGCGGAGAAUAACAUCGAUGAAAUACAGGAAGCACAGGAGGUACAAGAAGUAGAAGGAGAGCAGGAAGAGCAAGGCGGUGAACAAGGAAUAGCUGGUGGAACGGAAGUUAAUACUGAAGGAGAUAAUUCAGAUAACACCUUAUAUGAAGAUCCACACAAACCUAGUAAACCAAAAAAGUCUCGCCGCCCCCGAAAACCCGCAGCUAAAAAAUCUCCAAAGGAACCAAGGGAACCCAGCAAGCCCAACGAAAAGAGGCCUGGCGGCCGCUAUCGUGCACCGUCCCCUGAAGAUGGAGAGCAGCGCGAGAUAACUCCAUCUGUCAUCAAGAUGAAGGAUCUGUGUCGAGACAUCAGAAUUGGCAGAAAGUCUAAACGCUUUAUAGAGCUUGAACAAAUGGACUGGACGAAACCGGCCGGCGAUGAUAAGGCUGCAAAGACAGCUCUCGAUUUUGAGCAAGCUGCUGGUGAAGAAGUGGAGCAAGAACCAGCGGAGGAAGGAACUGAACGACUGGCCAAUGGGGGGCAAAGUCUUCCAAGAGCCGGCGCUCCGCAAAUGCGAAUGGUUAAUGGCGAACUUGUUCUUGACCAGGAGUCCAUUCAAGUGAACUCUCACGAGCGCAAUCCCAUCGACGAGGGGUCUAUGGAAGUCGUUGAGGAGAACAUGGCAUUCCGUCGUAUUACAUCGGCGACAUAUAGCAAACACAAGAGAUCCGAGAGAUGGGAUGCAGAAGAGACGGAUAAAUUCUACAAUGCCUUGUCCAUGUUUGGCACCGACUUUGAAAUUAUAUCAAAAUUAUUCUCGGGCAGAAACAGACAACAGUUGAGGAAAAAGUACCUCAAUGAAGAACGGAAGGAUCCCCAGAGAAUCACCGACGCCUUGAGGACUCGGGUGCCAAUUAAUGUUACGGAAUAUUCUGAAAUGACAGAGCUCGAGAUCGGCGACCCUCAGUUAGUUGAAGACGAGCUCGAAAAGAUCCGGGAAGCUCACGAAGCUGAAGAAGAGGCCGCAAUAGGCCAUGCAGCAGCUAUGGAACGCGAACGGCAAGAAAACGCGAAUGCUGCAAUGCGCGCCGGGGAUGAUGCAGUGGCGGCAGCAGCAGCGGAUCAGAACAAAAAGGGCCGGAAGAGGAAGGGCACGAAGAGCAGGGGUGGCGCUAGUCAUGGCGGGGAAGAAAUCCUCUCUAUGGGUAGAGAGGAAUACGAAGCGGAAAGGUUGAGGGAGCUGGCUGAGGCCGAGGAGCUGUGA